AUUCUUAGAAACUUGGUGGAAACAUGCCCCUAGUAAGGUAAUGAACCAAAAAAGAAGAGAGGACCCGCAUCGCAGAUCUCCCCCUUCCCUCCACGCCUCUCGCGUCGCCGCGAUGGCCGACGAGGCCCUGGACCAGCCGCCGGACGCGACCCCUUCUCCGACUCCGGCGACGCCGCCGGUACCCGCCACCCCGUCCCCCACGGUGCUGCUCCGCCCGCGGCGGGAGGCAUUCGAGCACGGGCUCUUGCCCAUCCCCAAGCUCAUCUUCCCGGAGGGUACGCUGGCGCAGACCCUCGCCCAGCUCAAGGAGAAGCUCGCUGCCUCGGCCCCGGACGGACGCGUGCGCGCCGCGGCCCUGGCGGAGGCGUUGCAGAUCCCGCAGGAGCAGGCGGCGCUCGCCCUCGCCACGCUCGCGGCUGUGCUCCCGGCAGAGGACCCCGCGCUCGGCGACGGCGCCGUGGAUGGUUCUGCCGCGGACAUCCGCGACAUGCUGCUCUUCCUCUACAUCCAGUCUUACAAACGUCUCGUCCCGCGGAGUGCGCACAAGGACUCGCCCGUCGUGGCGGACGUCUGGCCGUCCACCUCCGCGUUCGAUGGGUACCUCUCCGCACUCUCCCCGAUCCAGCUUGUUCGCAGUAACAGCCGUCGUUUUAUGCCUUCUCAAGCUGAUGAAGAAAUUCAUCAGUUGUCCUAUCUGCAAAAGCAUAUGGCGAAUAUUCUUACUCUCUUGGCAGAUUCUGUUGAGGGUGAUGGUGAUGAUUCACUGGUGUUGACAAUGGAGACUUUUGAGCACCUUGGAUUUCUAGUUCAAUUCUCAGAAGGAACUUCUUUAAGCCAGGCUGCUACAUUUUUUGCAUGCUCAGAUCCAGACAUGCCUGAUGUGCCUGUCCCUGCUGCUCAGGUUCUUGAUUGGAUGUCACAGAAAAUAGCUUUUUCACUGGAAUAUUCUGCUGAGAGGUCCGCAGCAAAGGAAAGCAACCAGCAAACCAUGUCUGAUCUUGAUGUGACCAUGGCUGAGGCCAAUACAAGUCACCCACGGAACAGUACACCAAGUGCCAAUCCUGCAUACUACAGAAAUGUAACAUUUGUGGAGGGCUUUUCCAAAACCUCUGUUGUCAAGCAUGCAUCUGAUGUCAAAGGGAAUUCUAUAAAGGUUUUGAACUGCCAUGAUUCUGUUAUCUACAUAUUAGCACCGCUGAAGUAUGCUACUGUGUACGGUUGUUCUGAUGCUACAGUUGUUCUUGGUGCUGUUGGUAAGGUAGUAAAAGUGGAGCAUUGUGAAAGAGUGCAUAUCAUUGCAGCUGCAAAACGGAUUUGUAUUGCCAACUGCCGGGAAUGCAUCUUCUACAUAGGAGUAAAUCACCAACCUCUUGUGUUGGGGGACAACCAUAAAUUACAAGUUGCUCCAUUCAAUACGUGCUACCCACAACUGCAUGAACAUAUGAUACAAGUGGCUGUCGAUCCCAGUGUCAACAAAUGGGACCAACCUUUUGUGUUGGGAGUUGUUGAUCCACAUGAUUCAUUAUCCCAUCCUGCUGGAGUUUCAGAUGUUAAAGCUGAAUCAGCAACAUGUCUGGAUCCUGAUCUAUUCACCAAUUUUUUGAUUCCUAGUUGGUUUGGGGAUGAAAGGCAAGGGACUACAAACCGCAAUCCUUUCCCACUGCCUGAAAUUUAUGGGACAUCCCAAAGCAAAAAGCUAGUUCAUAUUUCACCAUGCUGUAUUACUAAAGGUCAGAUGUUCCUAAGUACAUUGUAUUCUUAUCAGCGUUCUGCUCUGGAAGAUAUCCAAAAGAUGAUUCGGGAGCUGCAGCUUGAUGAGAACCGGAAAAGGGAAUUGGCAACUGCCCUUCACGUUCAGUUCAAGGAUUGGUUAUACGCUUCAGGCAAUAUCCGCCAGCUCUACUGUCUACAGGGCGAUUAACGAUGGGAUUUGCAAGACUGACUACCCUUUUGCCGACUCCUACUCCAAAACAUUCGACAAUUGUCGAAAGCUGACCUUCCUUUCCCUGGGAGAGAGGAUUCCCACCCGCGCAGAAGGAUGUGAAGAUGUACUGUUACCUACUUUUUUACAGAUUCAUUUGGGUAUAUUCCCUUUGCUGCGAGUUGGAGGUACUAAUUAGGAUGUAAUCUCCAAGCCUACUCAUUUUUUUUGGCCCUUGAUAACGUCCACGAGUAUGUAAUAGGGACUGGUGAAUCAUACGUUGUAAACAUUUCUUCAUCCCGUUUUGCUAAAUGGCUCGUCAUGUCAACCCUCUAUUGGAUCAACUGUAUUGUGCUCAUCCUUAUAGACAUGCUUGUUUGCAACUUUUUUCGUUGGUCAAGGUUUUGCCACUCUCAGGACGAUUAUUGUCA